CACCGAGUCGGCUGAAACAGUACAUGAACAUUCUGUGGAAUUGGGAUUAUUAAACCUAUAUCUGUUUCUUCCAUCAUACUCCAUCCCUGCAGGGAAAGUGAAACUGAAAGGAGAACCUCUCAACGGCAGCAGUAGCUGUUGGAGAGGCUUGGGGAGAGGAGCUAUGAAGCCACUGUACCUGCUCCUAACCUUAGGCACACUAGCAGUCAGCCGGUGCAUUGCUCGCCUAGGGCCCUCCGAGUUGGAGUGCUGGUUUGUAGAAGAGCAGGGUGGUGGUAGGGGCAUGCUUCAGGGAGUGACCAAACGGCCUGCUGUGCUGCUGCUGAGACAGGGGACUGGGGAGCCACCACCAAGGCCUGAUCUUGACUCUUCACUCUACCUGAAAGUGGAUGAUCCGGCUGGCUCUCUUGGGGACUCCCUGAAGGGAUCAGUAGCCCCAAGCUGUGAGCUGAAUCGAUAUGUCCCAAGCCCUGCAGCUUCAGACUGGGCCGCUGUCUUAACCCCUGAGCCUUACUCUCCUCGAUCCUUGGAUGGGACUUGGCUGGUGGUUAGCCUCUCUAGCCCCCAAGUAUGCCUUUCCAGCCUCUUGCAGCUGUCUCAGUCCCAGUCUGUCACCUCCUCGGUUACCAUAGCAACAGCUGUGCUGACAGUUCUCUCUCACUCUCCUGUUGUCCUGGUGGGGCCCGGUGAGAAUGCCACUUUGGACCUGAGUUUUACUUACUCACCUCCCUACUCCAGUGGGGCCUCCUCUUCCCUGCAUCCCCCUCCCUUUGGGCUGGAGUGGCGGCGACAGCAUCGGGGGACUGGACAGCUGCUCUUGGCCGUGACUCCAGAACUGGGUGGCCAGGCACUAGGAUCUCCAGAAGGGGCAGUGGCAUUUGCCUCCUGGGAUGAGAAAGGUGUGAAGAGCCCAUGGAGUGGGAACGGGACCCUGCUGCUGCCCGAAGUGAAACCUCACCAGGAGGGUACUCACCUGGCUACUGUCUACCUUCCUCACCUGCAGGCCCAGGUAGCUCUGAAGCUGAAAAUACAAAAGCCUCCAGAAGUGAGCCUAACCCCAUCUCCUAUGGUUUGGGCAUAUCCAGGGCAAGCUCCCCCAGAGCUCCUCUGCCUCAUUUCCCAUUUCUACCCCCUGGAAGAGCUACAAGUGUCCUGGGAGUUUCAGAAUGGUACAGGAGGAGGGAGCAGGGAAGCAGGUGGCCAAGCCUGGCGCUCCAGUUACCGAUAUCACCCGGAUGGCACUGUCAGUGUCUCAGCAUACCUUCGCCCACCCCCAGUCACGGUGGAGCAGCAUGGCUCUCGCUAUAUCUGUGUGGUCCACCACUCCAGCCUUCAAGCCAAAGGACUCAGUGCCCAAGUGUCUCUAGAAGUGGCAGGCGUUUCUGGGCCUUCCUUGGAAGAUGGAGUAGGGUUGUUCCUCUCAGCAUUUCUCCUUCUUGGACUCCUCAGAGGAAUGGAGUGGAUCAUGAGCUUCCGGUCUCCUGCCCCAGAUACAAAGGAAAAGAAAUCCUAUUGAGAAAAAGACCCAGCUGCUUAGAGCUUCGAAGGAGUCCUGCCAGACUGAUGGGAAGUGUUUUGGGUAGGGGAAAGUGUGUCUCUCUCAUCAAAAUAAAGUUGGAUCAGAUGGAA